AUGAAGUUCGCCGCUGCGAUCCUCGCCUUUCCAAGCGUAGUCCUCGCUGCCGAAGUAACCUGCUGCGCCGUUGGCGACGAAUCUUCAAUCAACAAGGGCGAUAUUGAGUAUGCCAUCAAAAAUCGGGCGACCGAACUAGGCAUUCCCGGAGGCGCCCAUUACACAUACAGAUGGACAACGUGCGUUAAUGAAGAUGCCAUUUCUCGACCUGCAGCCGUCAUUUCCACACCUUACUGUAAGUUUCGCAUGUCCUUCUUUUCGUAA